CACAUUGCCAACCUCCGAGACAUUCAGGGUCCGAGGGCUUCGGGCGGAUGAUUGGUCGCCUCGUACGCGUGGAAAGCAGUCCGGGUCGCGGCAGCGGGAUGCGUUGCGAAGGAUAGGACGCGUCUGUGUGAUGCCAGUACGUCAACCUUAUCGAUUGCUUUCUCGCUGGCCUCGGAGCGAAUCAAUGAUACAAGAGCACUCCAUUGAACAAUGGCGAGCCGUGGUGUGAUUCACUUGCGAGGCCGCGCCUGCAGUCCCCGAAAUCACUACGUCGCCUGCCCCCGACCCCUGCUCCUCCUCUUGAUCCUAACGCACUCCCUGACCUCGACGCCACUAUUGCCGCCGCCGGCGACAGCUGGUCUACGCCAUUUGCCACCACCCGUCCUUUCGUAUCAUCGAUAUCGGCUUCGGACUUUCAGCCUUCGUGGUUUCCAGGGUCCUGAGACAUCGUCGGAGGACUUGAUCGUGUUUCGUAGUACGCGUCGCGUUUGGAUGAAGGCUGCGCGUGAACCUCUUCCACCUCUUUCGCGUUGACCUUCGCGUCGACCAUCUAUUUGAAGCAACUCAACAUUCAAGCAGG